GGAACGCGGUGAAAACUCGUUCGUACGUUCGCGUGAUACUCGCGUCGUUAUUCACGGUGUGCUUCACGCUUGUCGCCUCCCGCGGCCGUAGAGGGGGGUAAAACGGAAGGGAAGGAAGCUUCGAAGCGUGUCCGCGCCACGGACCGGUGACAGUUCGCCCGCCAAGUGACAAGGAAGGAGGAAAGUAUUCUAUUGUCCCCGUGGCUCGUUCUCCCGCUGCUACGUCGAUACCAGGGAGAAGUAGGAGUCACGCGUCUCGCACGGGCGACACACGACGAAUGACGACGGGGAAAGAGUGGAUAGGGUCAGGUAACGAUCCGGUCGAAGGAAAAUCGGAGUUGUAGGCGGGGCCUAAGGUCGGGGACACGUGACACGGAAACUGUCACGCCGCCCUUGUCCUCCCCUCUCUCGCCCACCCCUCCACUCGACCGAAAACCACCGAGCCGACUGUACCGCACAGCGCUGCUUCUGCCCUGCCGUACCACCGUCUGCCGACCAACAAACACUGCAUCGUUUCUGCUCCUGCAUCUUCGUCGCAAGAACAAUUUUCUUCUACAUGAUUACAUGCAACGAUCUAGGAACAUCCGAUACGACCAUUGCAAUGAAACAUGAACCAACAACCUUCUCGCUUUGGACGAUAUACUUAUUCCAUUGCUGGACGAACAAGUGUUCCCAAUGAAAAAUCCAAGCAGUUGGGAACAUGAACUGUUUUUGUUUGAAUAAACACCUUUCAUUGGAUGUUAUUAUUACACAUCAGUGACAAUGAUUCUCUAAGAAAAAUUCUCCAUUUUUAUUUAUACUCGAUAGAAUUUCAUGUAGUAGUGCAAGAAAUUAUGAUUGCCAUUAAUAUUGAUUUAACAUGAUAUUGUUUCCUUACAAUAUUUUAUGCUUGUGGUUAUUCGUGUGUGAAAUCAGUUAUCUGUAUGUGCCCUGCGUAAGAAAUAAUCAUCAAAGGCUAUGACAAUACUUGACCGAAAUUCUGUUUAAUUUUCCAAUUUAAUUUCGCAUUUUCAUUGAUCGGUGAUAAGAGGAAGAUCGGUUUGACAGAACAAACGAUGUACUUUCAUCUGGUCGAUCAUGGAAACAAGCCUGUGAUCAUUCUAUCAGAGACUAUUAGACCAAGGAUUCGAUCCAGCAGGAUCAAACUCGCGGAUUGACGCGGGUCACCGCGCCGCCGUGAAUAUUUGAAGUAUGCAACAGGGGAGCGUGGGCGACGGGGAGUCGGUCUCGAAGAAUUCGACGAGGAACUCGAACGAGGCCGACGGCCGAGUUCGAGUAAAACUCGAAGCACUGGAGUCCGCCGACGCGUUCGAUGUUAAAUACGAGCCGCAAGAGGAGUACCAGUCCACUCAUCAGGAGUAUCACUACGAGAGGAAGCCUCCGAUUGUGUCUCCGAUAAAGCGCGAAGGCAGCAAUACGGAGAUCGUGAAUCAUUGUCAAUCGCAAGGUUACCCGAGACCGGUGACCAGCGUCCCGAAUUCCUACGGGUUUUCCCAUUUCUAUGGCCCAAUCUCUACAGCUACGAUGCUGCCUCCGUCGUUUCCUACCGCGAGACCCGGCUCGGAUCGUACGAUCGACCGGAAGACGAUCGACGAUCACGAACAGGAACGAUACAGAGUGACCGGUGUCAACAGUGACAGUGUUUUCUCGCAUCGCGAUCACGGGAUGAAUUAUGCCGCGUUCCGAGCGUCGAUGCAGCAGAUCCGCGGUGCGUACGCCGAGCAUCAGAAUAACAGUGGGUACAGGAGCGCGCAGUAUCAGAACAGGAAACGUAAAUGGAGCGGCGCUGCGCUGCGCGGAAUGGCUCCGCCGUCGAUGCCCGUGCCU